AUGAGUGUUUCGCUGACACGAACGAAGAAGAAGGGUCUGGAGAGCAAGCAGAAGUUAAUAGAAGAUGUCCAUAAUUGUGUUGACUCACAUGCCCGCAUCUUUGUCUUCAGUGUGAAAGAUAUGAGGAAUACCAAGCUGAAAGAUGUCCGUUCUCAGUGGAAACACAGCAGAUUCUUCUUGGGGAAGAACAAGGUUAUGGCCAUAGCACUUGGCCGUAGUGCACAGGAUGAAUAUAGAGAUAACCUUCACAAGAUCUCAAAAAGGCUUCAGGGUCAAUGUGGCCUUCUCUUCACUAAUAAAACCAAGGAGGAAGCAUUGGACUGGUUCAGCAAUCAUACUGAAGAUGAUUUUGCUCGGGCUGGCAAUGUGGCCACCAAAACUGUUGUGCUGUCAGAAGGUCCCUUGGAACAGUUUCCCUUUUCUCUCGAGCCAUUUCUUCGUCUCAAGCUUGGUAUGCAAACAUCUCUCAAAAAAGGUGUCAUUCACUUGAUCAAGGAUCACACUGUUUGCAAGGAGGGAGAGAGCUUAUCUCCAGAACAAGCCAAGCUGCUUGUUAUGGCCAUAGCACUUGGCCGUAGUGCACAGGAUGAAUAUAGAGAUAACCUUCACAAGAUCUCAAAAAGGCUUCAGGGUCAAUGUGGCCUUCUCUUCACUAAUAAAACCAAGGAGGAAGCAUUGGACUGGUUCAGCAAUCAUACUGAAGAUGAUUUUGCUCGGGCUGGCAAUGUGGCCACCAAAACUGUUGUGCUGUCAGAAGGUCCCUUGGAACAGUUUCCCUUUUCUCUUGAGCCAUUUCUUCGUCUCAAGCUUGGUAUGCAAACAUCUCUCAAAAAAGGUGUCAUUCACUUGAUCAAGGAUCACACUGUUUGCAAGGAGGGAGAGAGCUUAUCUCCAGAACAAGCCAAGCUGCUU